AUGAGUUACUACAACAGCUACUCUGGAGGCCUGGGCUAUGGCUAUGGAGGCUUCGGGCGCCUGGGCUAUGGCUAUGGAAGUGGCAGUUACCAUAGACUGGGCUCUGGCUAUGGCUUUGGUGGCUAUGGGUAUGGCUCUGGCUUUGGAGGUUAUGGCUAUGGCUACAGCCGCCCACUUUACUAUGGAGGAUAUGGGUUCUCCACCUUCUACUGA